AUGGAAGAAGAAGUGGAUGGUCUUAUCGAUUUAGGAGUAGUUAUUAGAGAAGCAAAUGGCUCUUGGGACAAGUUGAGGUCACUGGUACAACAUCUUCCUGAUGAAAAGAAAAAGCAGUAUCUCUCUCAUCAUUUUAAGCCUUCGCAUGGUGACACUCUCCACUCCCACCCUGUCACAAAGAAAGGCAGAACCUGGAAAGUUUCUUUCCAGCAGCACUGGCUACUUGAAUUUACUUGGCUCUCUUAUAGCCAUUUGCUUUCAGGGGGGAUUUGUAGGCAUUGUAUUCUGUUUCCAGAGCAACCAGAAAGGGGAGAUGGUUUAGGGCAAGGCAAUAGAUCUGGAACAUUUAUUUUAUCUGCUUAUCAACAUCCAUAUAGUAAGGCUCUUGGCAAAGAUGGUGUACUUGUUUCACACAGCAAAAGCAUAAUGCAUGUUCGUGCUACUGAAAGAGCGGAUCUUUUUCUUCGUAACUUCCAUCAUAGCAGUGAGAGAAUAGAUUCUAGAUUGUUGCAACAAGGUAACCAUUUGGCUGAUGAAAACAAGCAUAUUCUUACACAAAUUGUGUUAACUGUGGAGUUCUUAGCUAAACAGGGCCUUCCAUUCAGGGGUCACCGUGAUGAUAAGGUAGAUUUUUCUCGGGAAGAUACGAAUAGAGCAUCACCAUCUUCAUCAUCUAACCCACAGAUUAAGGAAUGUCUUGUAUCAUUUAUACACCUGGAUAGAGCGAAUGCAGUUGGAAUUUCAAAAAAAAUACUUGAGGCUCUUACUCACCCUUCUCUUUCUCUAAACAUUCAUAAAAUAUGCGGUCAAGCAUAUGACGGUGCUGCUGUAAUGUCAUCUGAUAAAGCUGGGGUACAGGCUAAAAUAAAAGAA